GUAGCAGCACCAGGGCAGAGGGGCGCACGGUACACGGCUCUCCCCGGAACUCUGCAGCCGCAGCGGCUCUGAUAAUUUCCACAUCGGGGGUUCGGUCCAACAUGGCGGCUUGCGGAUGGAAAUACUGAUGACAGUCCGAAAGAUCGCCUCGAUUUGUACGAUGGGCGCCAAUGCCUCUGCCUUGGAAAAGGAGAUUGGACCGGAACAGUUUCCCGUUAACGAACACUACUUCGGACUGGUCAACUUUGGAAACACCUGCUACUGCAACUCGGUGCUGCAGGCGCUCUACUUCUGUCGGCCCUUCAGGGAGAAGGUGUUGGCGUACAAGGUGCAGCCGCGGCGGAAGGAGUCCCUCCUCACCUGCUUGUCGGACCUUUUUAACAGCAUCGCCACGCAGAAGAAGAAAGUGGGGGUCAUCCCCCCCAAGAAGUUCAUCUCCCGGCUGAGAAAAGAAAACGAGCUGUUUGACAACUACAUGCAGCAGGACGCCCACGAGUUCCUCAACUACCUCCUGAACACCAUCGCCGACCUGCUGCAGGAGGAGAAGAGCCAGGAGCGCCAGCAGAACGGGAAGCUGCUGCAGAACGGAGGCGGCGGAGGGGGCGGCCCGGGGGGAGGAAGCGAGGGAGGAGGAGACGGGGAAGGAGGGAAGGAGACGCAGCAGACUUGGGUCCACGAGAUCUUCCAGGGAACGCUGACCAACGAGACGCGCUGCCUCAACUGCGAAGCCGUGAGCAGUAAAGACGAGGACUUCCUGGACCUCUCCGUGGACGUGGAGCAGAACACCUCCAUCACACACUGUCUCAGGGGCUUCAGCAACACGGAGACGCUAUGCAGUGAAUAUAAAUACUACUGUGAGCAGUGUCGCAGCAAACAGGAAGCCCAGAAGAGGAUGAGGGUGAAGAAGCUGCCGAUGAUCCUCGCCCUCCACCUGAAGCGCUUCAAAUACAUGGACCAGCUGCACCGCUACACCAAGCUGUCGUACCGCGUGGUCUUCCCCCUGGAGCUCCGCCUCUUCAACACGUCCGGGGACGCCACCAACCCCGACCGGAUGUACGACCUGGUGGCCGUCGUGGUUCACUGCGGCAGCGGUCCCAACCGAGGACACUACAUCACCAUCGUGAAGAGCCACGGCUUCUGGCUGCUGUUUGACGACGACAUCGUGGAGAAAAUCGACGCGCAGGCGAUCGAGGAGUUCUACGGCCUCACGUCGGACAUUUCCAAGAACUCUGAGUCGGGCUACAUCCUGUUCUACCAGUCCAGAGACUGAAGCCGCCGGCGGGGAGCCCCCACCAGACUGUCAGGGGCGGGGCGGGGGGGGGGGGCAGCCUCCUGGAUUGCGACCUAUCGCCCCCCUCCAGAAAGCACCUUAAAAAGAAUGGGCGGGGGGGGGGCAACAGCCGAGGCUGUUCUGGGACUUUGCAGAGCAACCGGUCGGCUGACCGAGACGUGGUCGUCACGGUAACCAUCACAGUCUUCUUUAGCCCCGCCCCCCCCUUUGUUAAAGAGUCCCGCCCUCCAUAUUAAAACUUUUUCAGCAAAGUAUGAAACAGAAAUCCAGAGGUUUUGGCGACGGGUCGGAUAGAGGGAGGAAGUUACGGAACAAAAAGCAACCGUACGUAACGUGAGAUAAAUGUUUUUAAUCAGGCUUUCGUGGGGACAAAUAUUUAGUACCUCCUUACGUUGGCCGUGACGCCACGUAGCGGCGUUGAUUUUCCACUUUAGUCGUUUUAACGCACAAACAAACCAAACGUAGUUGUUUUCACCUCUUCGAAGGACGUUCGCGAUGCUCCUCCCCACCGGGCUGCCCCGCGUCAACAAGCGAGCGCGCCCUGUCCUUCAGAGGCGUUGGAGUGGUCUUGGUCCAGUGUUCUCUGACUGUUGAAAUGUGAAGUGAAAGCGGCUGCUGCUGCUCCGCCUCUCAGGUUCUGGAGGUUGGUUACGUUUGACCGAAGCUGCUCCUUUUCUACCGAGACGACUCUUUUAAACAAAUACUUUACCCGGAACAAACGUUACAGAGGCCGGUUUGUAACCAAACUCAUGAACUGUCCCCUUUCUUCAAAGCAACGACAGCUAACAGCUAGUCGGCUAACCAGGUAGUUCGCUGUUAGCUGACUAGCGGUUAGCGGUUAGCGGUUUCUGGGCUCAGAGCGGGAGCAGCUUCAGAGGACACUCAGUCAACACUAAUGUUUUCCGGGGGUGUUGAUCCGCUUCCAUCUUUUCUUGAAGUAGUUUGCAGGUUUAUAACCGAAUCUCCGGACUCCUGUAAACGCUCCCCGAUGACGCGCUGAUGUUUUAGGUUUUUGACGUGGAGCGUUUUUCGCUUCCCUGUCGUACGAAUGACUGCAGACGCGCGUUGCUUCGGGGGGGUCAAAGGUCUCUGGAUGGGGGUGUAGCUGCUUCUAAUCUGACAAUGAGGUGCAGUUUCAUGGAAAAGUGUUGAAAAAAAAUAUUUAAAUACUUAAAAUAUUAACGUUAUCUUUUUUUAGACGUCUCACUUGUUUUUGAUAUAAUUCACUGAUUUUACUCGUCUGCCAUCUUUGGAUAUUGGGAGAUUAUUUUGGUUCAGUUGGUCGAGUAUGUGAUGAGAAAUCUCGACGUGUACAUAAAUACAGAUGUUAUUAUUGGAAUAUAAAUAAUUGCUUGCUUUGGAAGUUAUGCCUCAAAAUACUUUUUAUUGUGUUGAAGAAUCAAUACGCCUGGUGCUCAAAAAGCAACAAGCCCCACCCGCCUGGCGUACAGGGUCACAUAAAACAAACACCCCUAAGGCAAAUUACCUCAUACGUACUCUGUCGCACGUUAGUACACAGAAAAACUGACUGAUUCUUUGUGAUACAUUUAGUCUGAAGAAAACUACUGUGCAGAAGGUGACUGAGCAAACCUGUGUGCUGCUGUUAAAGCAAAGAUCCACUUUAAAGUACAGCAGCUUUGUUUUCCUUCUUUGUUCUGUCCCACUUUCAGUAACGCACCCAAUGAUGUGUAGAAAAGAGUUUAGUUUACUGUUAUCAUCCGUUGAGUCAUCGUGAGUUCCUAACUUACUUUGCUUUUUUUUUUUUACGAAACGUCUUAUUUUUGGACAGGAAGAAAAUCAAACUACAUAAAACCUAAAAAUAAUGAAUAUCAACUCAAAAAGCACUUUUACUUUGCACUUAACUCUGGCUCAUCGUGUUUCCUGUUGCUUUUGUCCAUGUCGUCUUCUGCAUGGACGAGACAUUCUCCAUGAAUGUCUCGUGUUAUUUUUUAGAACAGAAGCACAAAUUAUUUGAGAUGUUAAAAAGCUGAAGUCUUCAGGUGGAUUUUUCCUUCAACAGUCGUAGCCGUUCUGUCCUCUGGAGACGUCCCCUGCGUCCUCCUUCCUUCUCCGACUCACCAGGAAUGUAAAUGUUUUGAAUUGAAUGUGUCACUAACGAUACUUAACCUUUUUUAAAACGUGUGCAAAGAGACAGCAGCGCGGGCGACCAAGAGAAGACAGGUAUUUAUAUUAAAACGAUCAAAAGAGACAUUCAGAGAAUAAAAUUCAUAAAGUUUCAAUCUGA